UCAGAAAACGCAGACACCUCGUCUCGGAAAGGCAAAAAUAGAGCGAAAGCCUCUUCUCGACCGAUAUACAGCUCGUUGGCCUGGAUGAUUGGCGUGGACCUCAUCGCCGAGCUCUGCACAAUGCCGGCCAAGAUCAUCGGCAAGAAGAAGCGCAAGCAGUUCCAGAAGGUGGAACUGAAGGUCCGGAUGGACUGCGAAGGGUGCGAGCGCAAGGUCAGGAAGGCACUGGAAGACAUGAAGGGCGUGAGCAGCGUGGAGGUGGACCCGAAGCAGAACAAGGUGACGGUGUCGGGGUACGUGGAGCAGGCGGAGGUGGUGGCGCGGCUGCACCGUCGCGCGGGGAAGAAGGCGGAGCCGUGGCCCUACGUGCCGUACGACGUGGUGCCGCACCCCUACGCGCCGGGGGCCUACGACAAGAAGGCGCCGCCCGGGUACGUGCGCAACGUGCUCGACGACCCCGACGCCGCGCCGCUCGUGCGGGCAAGCUCCACGGAGGAGAAGUACACCACCGCGUUCAGCGACGACAACCCAAACUCCUGCGCCAUCAUGUGAUCCACCGCUCUGUGCUUGUGCAGUUGUGGUCUUGUGGAGUGUUUGGUUGCUUGCAUUACGACUGUAUAAUUUCGUACGUCUUUAAUCUCGAGA